CUUCCGGCUCCAGGCGGCUGGUCCGCCGAUACCGAGGAAGAAGCGCACUCCGGGCUGCGGGAAACGCGGCCACGGUGGCGCUUGAACUCGAGGAGGCGGCAGUAAACUUUGUGUAUGCGGCUUUCCUCACUGUUAAAUCUGUCCAUGGGCAUAUUUAUGUGAUGAUAAUGGAGCCAACUAAUUUGCCCAUUGUAACCACAUCCCAUUUGUUGACUCAAAGCAGAGUCCACUCAAAGUGGUGUCCACCAGGCUUUAGCUUUGUCAUCUCAGGACUCGGCCCUCCCUCAAGAGAGGAACCAGGAAGAAGACCCAUCAGCCCAUGAAGUUCUAAAAGUCAUGUCCCUUGAGUCAGACUUGUUCAGGGAUGUGGCUGUAGUCUUCUCCCAAGAAGAAUGGGAACAGCUGGUACCCACUCAGAGGGAUUUGUACAGAGACGUGAUGUUGGAGACCUACAAUAACCUGGUCUCACUGGGUCUUGCCAUCUCCAAACCUGAUGUGAUCUCCUUCCUGGAGCAAGGCAAAGAGCCCUGGAUGGUAGAGAAAGCAGCUACAGGCGGCCUGUGCCCAGAUUCUUUCAGUUCUUUGGGAUAUAUACUCAGAAGUGGAGUUGCUGUAUCAUAUGUAUUGGAGUCCAGGCGUGAUACCAAAGUAUCAUCUCCAGAGCAGCACCUUUAUGAAAUACAAUCACCACAGUGGGAGAUAAUGGAAAGCCUUACAAAUUAUGGUCUUGAGUGCUCCAGGUUCCAAGAUGAUUGGGAAUGCAUAAGCCAGUUUGACAGACAACAGGGAAAAUCAGAUGGACAUUUGAGUCCAGUGAUGAUCAAUCCUGAAGAAAUGUCCACUUUCAACCAACAAGCAUCAUUUCCUUUUUACCAGAAAAUUCAUACUGGAGAAAAACUCUAUGGAUAUAAUGAAUAUAGAAAAGACUUCUGGCAGGAGGACUUCCUUAUUAGUCAUCAAGGAAUUCAUACUAAUGAGAAACCCUAUAAAUGUAAGGAAUGUGGUAAGGCCUUUAAAUAUGGCUCACGACUCAUUCAACAUGAGAAUAUUCAUUCUGGCAAGAAACCCUAUGAAUGUAAUGAAUGUGGAAAGGCCUUCAAUUCUGGUUCAAAUUUCAUACAACAUCAGAGAGUUCAUACCGGUGAAAAACCUUAUGAAUGUAAGGAUUGUGCAAAGGCUUUUAGUCGAAGCUCCCAGUUGAUUGAACAUCAACGAAUUCAUACUGGUGAGAAACCCUAUCAAUGUAAGGAAUGUGGCAAGGCCUUCAAUAGGAUCUCACAUCUUAAAGUACAUUAUAGAAUUCAUACUGGUGAAAAACCCUACGCAUGCAAGGAAUGUGGGAAGACCUUUGGUCAUCGGUCUCAGUUGAUUCAACAUCAGACUAUUCAUACAGGCAAGAAACUCUAUGAAUGUAAGGAAUGUGGGAAGGCCUUUAAUCAGGGCUCAACUCUCAUUAGACAUCAGAGAAUCCAUACUGGUGAGAAACCCUAUGAAUGUAAGGCAUGUGGGAAGGCCUUUAGGGUGAGCUCACAACUUAAGCAACAUCAGAGAAUUCAUACUGGAGAGAAACCCUACCAAUGUAGGGUAUGCAGUAGGGCUUUCAAACGGGUCUCACACCUUACUGUACAUUAUAGAAUUCAUACAGGUGAGAAACCAUAUGAAUGUAAGGAAUGUGGUAAGGCCUUUGGUCAUUGCUCACAGCUGAUUCAACAUCAGGUAGUUCAUACUGAGGAAAAGCCCUGUGGCUAUAAGGAACGUGGGAGGACUUUACAUCAUGAUUCAACUACUUUUCAGCAUCAGAGAAUGCAUAAUAGGGAAACACAAGUGAAUAUCAUAAAUGUAGAAAAGCCUUCCAUCAGCACUUAUCCUUUAUUAAUCAUUAGAGAAUUGAUGUUAGCAAGCAACCAUAUGAGUGGAAGUAAUGGGGAGAGCCCAUUAGCUUAGGCUAGUCACAACUUCUUAUGUUUUGGGGAAAGACUUGAAGAAUGUAAUGCAAAUGGAAAUGCCUUCAUUCAAGCUAUCCUUUAUCUUGAGUUCUAAGAUUCAUAAUGAAACAUUUUAUGAAUAUAAAUUGUUGAGACCAUGAUUAUGAAAGAAGCAAGGAAAAGUUGGAAAAAAAUUUGUCUCUAACACAAUAUGGGAUCACAUUUUCUAACCAUGCUGUAAUAAUUUUAGCAACAGCCAAAAGUUUUAAUUUUCUUAGCAAUUAAAAAGGGGAAAAAAAAAAACCCAGCCAAAUUACUCUGGGCUCAACUUCUUUUUUUCUUUUUUCUUUUUUCUUUUUUUUUUUUAAGUAGACACCAUGCCCAAUGUGGGCCUCAAACUCAUGACCCUGAGAUCAAGAGUCAAGUGCUCUACUGACUUAAGCCAGCCAGGCACUCCAUUACUCUUGGGCUAAUAAGGAAAUAAAUCAUGCACAUUUUCGUGCUUGAUUUAUGAAUGAAAUAAAAAUAACAAUCGAGAGAUUUACAUUCCAGGAGUUGUAGGAUGUGGGCUAAAGUUACUGAGAAGAAUUUUAGCUUUUAAAUGCAUGCAAAGCAUGAAAACCUGAAAGAUUAUUCUGGAGUAUAUUAAAUGUACUAUUCAAGAAGCCAGAAAAGACAAUACCAAACAUCAGGGUGAUGAAAGACAAAUUGGUACAAAAUAAAAAUAAAAAAUAAUGAAAUUAGAAAGUGGUUAUUCUUAUAAUCUCAGUUUUUAUUUCUUUCUGACCCCAAAAUAAAAUUUAAGAUAGUAUUACUCAA